GGCGGCCCGCGGGACAGACGCGGCCCGGGCUUGGAGCGCGGGCAGAGCGGAGGUCGCAGCGAGGGGCGUCGGGAGCGGGCCGGGCCGGGCUGCAUGGCGCCAGCGGCGUCCUCCUGAGCGGCGCGGGCAGCGACGGGCGGCGGGCGGAGCGGGCCGCGGCUCUUCCUCGCCAUGGGGGACGUGCUGUCCACGCACCUGGACGACGCCCGGCGUCAGCACAUCGCAGAGAAAACCGGGAAGAUCCUGACGGAGUUCGGCCGUUUUUAUGAGGACCAGUAUGGCGUGGUUCUCUUCAACAGCAUGCGCCACGAGAUCGAGGGCACGGGGCUGCCGCAGGCCCAGCUGCUCUGGCGCAAGGUGCCAUUGGAUGAGCGCAUCAUCUUCUCUGGGAACCUCUUUCAGUACCAGGAGGACAACAAGAAAUGGAGGAACCGCUUCAGUCUCGUGCCUCACAACUAUGGGCUGGUGCUCUACGAGAACAAAGUGGCCUAUGAGCGGCAGGUCCCACCCCGGGCUGUCAUCAACAGUGCAGGCUACAAAAUCCUCACCUCCGUGGAUCAGUACCUGGAGCUUGUUGGCAACUCCUUACCAGGGACCACGUCAAAAUCGGGCACCGCCCCCAUCCUCAAGUGCCCCACGCAGUUCCCGCUCAUCCUCUGGCACCCUUCCGCCCGGCACUACUACUUCUGCAUGAUGACGGAAGCCGAGCAGGACAAGUGGCAGGCGGUCCUGCAGGACUGCAUCCGGCACUGCAACAAUGGGAUCCCGGAGGACUCCAAGGUAGAGGGCCCUGCCUUCACGGACGCCAUCCGCAUGUACCGCCAGUCAAAGGAGCUGUACGGCACCUGGGAGAUGCUGUGUGGGAACGAGGUGCAGAUCCUGAGCAACCUGGUGAUGGAGGAGCUGGGCCCCGAGCUGAAGGCGGAGCUCGCCCCACGGCUGAAGGGGAAACCGCAGGAGCGACAGCGGCAGUGGAUCCAGAUCUCCGACGCCGUGUACCGCAUGGUGUACGAGCAGGCCAACGCGCACUUUGAGGCGGUGCUGUCCAAGCUGCAGCUGGCCCGGCCAGCCAUGGAGGCGACCAUCCGCACGGACAUGGACCAGAUCAUCACCUCCAAGGAGCACCUGGCCAGCAAGAUCCGAGCCUUCAUCCUCCCCAAGGCAGAGGUGUGCGUCCGGAACCACGUCCAGCCCUACAUCCCGUCCAUCCUGGAGGCCCUGAUGGUGCCCACCAGCCAGGGCUUCACCGAGGUGCGGGAUGUCCUCUUCAAAGAGGUGACUGACAUGAACCUGAACGUCAUCAACGAGGGCGGUGCAGACAAGCUGGGUGAGUACAUGGAGAAGCUGUCCCAGCUGGCCUACCACCCCCUCAAGAUGCAGAGCUGCUACGAGAAGAUGGAGCCGCUGCGGCUCGACGGGCUGCAGCAGCGUUUCGACGUGUCCAGCACAUCCGUGUUCAAGCAGCGAGCCCAGAUCCACAUGCGAGAGCAAAUGGACAAUGCCGUGUACACCUUUGAGACCCUCCUGCACCAGGAGCUGGGGAAGGGGCCCACCAAGGAGGAGCUGUGCAAGUCCAUCCAGCGGAUCCUGGAGCGGGUGCUGAAGAAAUACGACUACGACAGCAGCUCGGUGCGGAAGCGAUUCUUCCGCGAGGCGCUGCUGCAGAUCACCAUCCCCUUCCUGCUCAAGAAGCUGGCGCCCACGUGCAAGUCGGAGCUGCCCCGGUUCCAGGAGCUGAUCUUCGAGGACUUCGCCAGGUUCAUCCUGGUGGAGAACACGUACGAGGAGGUGGUGCUGCAGACGGUCAUGAAGGACAUCCUGCAGGCCGUGAAGGAGGCCGCGGUGCAGAGGAAGCACAACCUCUACCGGGACAGCAUGGUCAUGCACAACAGCGACCCCAACUUGCACCUGCUGGCCGAGGGCGCGCCUAUCGACUGGGGUGAGGAGUACGGUGGCAGCGGGGGGGACGGCGGCAGCCCCAGCGUCCCAGAAGCAGCCACCCAUUCAGAAAAGCGACGGCGUGCCAAGCAGGUGGUGUCUGUGGUCCAGGACGAGGAGGCAGGGCUGCCGUUCGAGGCCGGUCCUGAGCCCCUAUCACCUGCGUCCCAGGACAGUGUCACUGAGCUCCGUGGCCUGCUGGCCCGGGAUCUGCGGGCUGAGAGCCCCCCGCCGGCUGGCCCUCUGCUCAACGGGGCCCCCUCCCAGGAGAGCCCCCAGCCCGCGGCAGCCCCUGAGGCCUCCUCGCCGCCCGCCUCACCCCUCCGGCAACUCCCUCCUGGAAAGGCUGUGGACCUUGAGCUUCCCAAACCUAGUGACCAGGAGACCGGGGAGCAGGUGUCCAGCCCUGGUGGCCGCCCCCCCAUCCACACCACCACCGAGGACAGCGCAGGGGUACAGACGGAGUUCUAGGCCUGUUACCCCCGAGCUUCUGCUGGACAUGGCACACGGGCCACCCCCUGCAAGACACUGACAGGCUUGGCUCCAGCCGGGGAGCCCCAGAUCUAGGCCUCGGGGUGGAGGUAGGGGAGGGCUGGUGUGGCACCUCUGGGGCUGGCCCACCUGAGUCACUUUAUUGGGUUUGGUCACACUUUGCUCCGUUUUCUCUUCUGUGGGAUGAUCUGGGGCUUCCUGCUUGUGCUGGGAGCUGGGCCAGCCGAGGGGGCUGAGGAGUGAGUACCUUGGUGGCCGCCGGUUCCCUGGGUCCUCCCUUCCUGCUUUCUGGGGUCAGUUUCUCUCAUGGGGGUCUCACCCUCCUCCUCAGUAAGACCGAUGUAGAGUUGUUCGCUGGGUUAUUCGGCCACUGAAUUCUCUCCCUUCUCACUGGUGGAGGGGGCCCAUUGGAACCAGAAGCAUGGAGCAUUGAAGCCCAGCUCUGUCCAGACCACUGUCCUCCUCAAUCCUGGCUGGGCCUCCAGAGGCCAGGUUUGGAGUGGACACUGGCCUCGCUUUGCCUGCUGUGGGUGAGGGGAGGCGCACAGAGGGGUCUCAGGCUGUAGCCAGGCUAGGGAUGCCUCCUGGAGGAGGGGUGAGGGGCCGGGGUUGGAAUGAGAAAGGCCCAGAAUGUGCUAGUCUGUGGAGAGGAAGUGUUCCAAGAGCGGGAGGGAGGGGGUGAGCUGAGGGGAGGUAUUGCUGGGAGUGUCUUCAGAGCAGGCUGAGGUGGCCCAGGGAAGGCUCUGGAAGCUGAAGCAGGCUUUACAUUCCCCACCCCCGCCCCCGCCCCAGCCCAGCUCCUACCUGUUAGCACCCAGCCUCCGGGAGUCCCUCUGUUGCCCCUGCCCGUCCUGUGGCGACACACUCCGGGCUGGGACGGAGGGGUGGCAGGCCGCUCAAGAGGUGGGGUUUGGGGGUAUAGAUUCUGUCUUCCGAGGGCCACCUCCAAGGUACGCACUGUCCAUCAGGGAAGCUGGGUCUGGCUCCCCAAAGCACCACCGGUGACCCCUCUGAGGAUGUAGGGUCAGGCUGUGGCUUGGCCCCUGAAAAAUUCCCUUCUUAGAUAUCCUCCUCCCAAAGCUGCUCGUUUCUGGGAGUGAGGGUUGAGCCGCUUCCCCAGGGCCCGGGAUCCCCUGGCUUCCCCAGCCCCCUCGAUCCGCUUCCCAGGGCAGGGGCCUCAGACCCCCAGGACGUGCGGUGGUGGCUGGUGCUCAGGGACCCUCCGGGUCCCCCCAGCCCUAAUCUCAAAUGCCUCACUAACCUUCUACCACCAGGUUCCGUGUUCACAUCUCUCCUCUAGUGCCUUCUCUUGGGGUUUUCUCCAAUCAUCCUUCCCAGAUAUUGUACUGAAAAUAUUAUGCAAACUCUUUAAGCUUUACUAAUCAAUAAAUGAUUUAAAGCCA